CAAUUAGUUGAUGUGAACAUUGCUGAAAGUGACCUCAACAACUUUUAUCCACUAGGAAAAUCAAACAAUCCACCUAUUAAAAUCGAAUUCACGUCAUUUUUAAAAAAAGCCGCAAUACUUAAAAAUGCAAGAAACUUGAGAGGUACCAGGAUCUCUAUUGCCAAUGACCUAACAAUCAAGCAAAGACACGAGAACAGCAUUCUAAGGAGACAUCUCAACCUAGCAAAGGGAAACAAAGAAAACGAUUGUUAUAUAAGAGGAAACCGACUACACGUGGAUGGUAAAAUAUAUACAGCGGAAGAGUUAGAAAAUCAAGAAGAAAUUGGAAAAAAUACCACAGAAAAACCACAAAGUGCCCCAGGUACGCCAAUAGCAACAACGAAUAGAGAACUUCAAAAACAAACUACGAAACCUCAACAAACAACCAAAAACAUACAGCAAAAAAUCAACACUCCAACAGAGGGAAAUUCAAAAGAGGACAUCGUUUACAAGCUGGUACCGGAAUUGUUUUUGCGCGAGAUGACGAGGCGGAAGCAGUUCUACCAUCAAUAUCCGCAGAUAGCCUCGCGGAUGUCUCCUGAGGAGCGCGGCGAAGACACCGAGAGGACCAUCUUCAAUCCGCAGGAUUGCAUCAGUCUGUCGAUAGAAUAUGUCAGUUGUGGCGAAUGCGGCAAGAAGGACGACAUAAUGAUUGGGGUAGGCGUGAUCAAAGGCAGGCCGAUCAGCCUAAUCAACCAACGAAUCCAGUAUUUCCUUCAGGAUGGGAUCAAGAAAAAGUACAGAUUUGGGGAACAAUUCACCAAAAGGUCGAACUGCAAAAAAAAUGGAAUAGUGAAUCCAUUCGUUGAGCUCAAAGUGCGUGAUACACAGAUGGCUCCAAAUCUGAAGUUGGAACUGGAAUAG